CCGUAGGUUACACUGAUUCUACAACAGCUAAGGGGGGUUUUAGGCACGACGUGCUAGCGGACAGCCCCUUAGCUGUUGUAGAAUCAGCAUAACCUAUGGCCUCUCGGGGCUUAUUGCUUAAUUCUACAGACUUUCUGUCAUGUUGUCUCUUCCUCCCUCAGCCAUGCCUGCACAAACACUGAAUGUGCUGAGCCAGCUGCGGAACUCCCAGUUUGGUCGCCCAAAGCCGAGACAUGGACUUCGACUUCUGUUCUGGUUUGCAAAUGAUUUUGUCGGAUUCAACUACUACAAUCAAAUGGUGGCUACAGACAAUCCUGCUCAUGGCAGUUAUGGCUUCAAACCAUUCCACAACAGGAUUGAUAAUGGCAACAGUCCUCUCCUCCCACACCAGUAUGAGAGAUAUUAUGAGGUUGGCAACCUGAAUCAGCCAAAGGCUUUGCAACUUCCCAGUUAUGUCAGACAACACCACACCAAUCCCCAGUACAACAGCAACACUGAUCGCCUUAUUGUAGUCAUGGGCUCUGGCAUGAAUAUUAUUGACAGAGUGUACGUGACGCAGCAUUCAGACAGUAAACAAUUCUCAUCCGAUGACACCUUUCGCAUCAGCCAAGGCCUCAUAGACAACAUCAGGAGACUGGAUCUGGACGACUUCCUGGCACAGAUGGGUGAACAGGAGCGUUCUGUGCUGCAGUCGUCUUUCAGCAGCAGUCAGCAGCCAGCUUUCCAGCCUUACACUCCCCCAGCAUACAGGCGCGCUCAGAGCAGUGAUGAGUGUCCAUCCAUCUGUGAAGUAGUCGCUUUUGUACUAAUUCUCUUCCUUUUUCUGAUGCUGGCAGGUCAAAGGGGAUUAAUUUUCUAAGAUUUUUUUCUUGGGGAAAACAGAGGAGGUUACAAAUCCCCUUUGUCAAAAUCAAAAUGUUUAACUUGGAAAUAGAUAGGGAAAAGAAUAGGGAUGACUAUUAUUUGUUGUGUACUUUGGGUGUUGUAUUAACAUAACACUCUUUUAAAAAAUGACUGUACUCAUCUGUUGUGUCAAUAUAUCACUCUAUAUAAAAUGGCUGUAUUGGAUGUUGUGUCAAAAUAUCACUCUAUAUAAAAAUGGCUGUAUUGGAUGUUGUUUCAAUAGAUCACUAUAUAAAAUGGCUGUACCCUUUGAUUGUGGACUCACUCUGUCUCCACCAUAGAACUGAUUUCCCCAGAUAUUGAGUUUGAAUAAAAUCUCAACUGAAAA